AAAGAGCUGAAGCCAGCAGUCAAGGUUCCCUUUCUUUGGCCAGCCCCAGAACCAGCUACAGAUUCUUGAGCAAGGACAUCCAAGCACAGAGACAUCAUGGUAAAACUGCAGCUGCCAAACCCCAACUUGGAACAGAGAAUACCUUCCCAUGAGGACCUUGAAAACCUUGAGGCUACAGAGGCAGAUUCAAGACCCAAAUGGGAUAACAAGGCACAAUACAUGCUCACCUGCAUAGGGUUUUGUGUAGGCCUGGGAAAUGUAUGGCGAUUCCCCUAUCUCUGCCAGAGCCACGGAGGAGGAGCUUUUAUGAUCCCUUUCCUCAUUUUGCUUGUCCUGGAAGGCAUCCCAUUGCUCCACCUUGAAUUUGCCAUUGGACAAAGACUUAGAAGAGGUAGUGUGGGUGUCUGGAGUUCUAUCCAUCCCGCCCUGAAGGGAGUCGGUAUAGCAGCAAUGAUUGUCUCCUUCUUUGUGGGUUUAUACUAUAAUACUAUUAUUGCUUGGGUGAUGUGGUAUUUCUUCAACUCAUUCCAAGAGCCACUACCCUGGAGUGAAUGCCCACUUGAUGGAAACAGAACAGGUUACUUGUACGAAUGUGCAAAGAGCUCUUCUGUUGAUUAUUUCUGGUACAGGGAGACAUUAAACGUCUCCACCAAUAUUGACGAGACUGGAACUGUACAGUGGUGGCUGCUGUUAUGUUUAGUAUGUGCCUGGGGAGUGGUGUACGUGUGCACAAUUAGAGGCAUUGAAACAACAGGAAAGGCCGUGUAUAUAACAUCAACACUUCCUUAUGUUGUGCUUACAAUUUUCCUGAUCCGUGGCUUAACACUGAAAGGAUCAACCAAUGGAAUCGUAUAUCUCUUCACGCCUGAUGUUGCAGAAUUGGCUAAUCCAUCCACUUGGCUUGAUGCCGGAGCUCAAGUAUUCUUUUCAUUUUCCCUUGCCUUUGGAGGCCUCAUCUCAUUCUCUAGUUAUAAUUCAAUUCAUAACAACUGUGAGAAGGACGCUCUGACUAUCUCUGUGGUUAAUGGCCUCACAUCCAUUUAUGCAGCUACUGUCAUAUACUCAAUCAUUGGAUUCAGAGCAACAGAGAGAUACGACAAUUGCUUUAGCCAAAAUAUCCUCACUCUGACAAAUGCAUUUGAUUUGCCAGAAGGUAAUGUAACUCAGGAAAACUUUGAACAAAUGCAAGCUUGGCUCAACACGACAGAUCCAGCAACGUUUGCAACUCUUACAUUUCAGACCUGUGACCUGGAAUCAUUCUUAAGUGAUGGUGUUGAAGGAACUGGCUUAGCAUUUAUUGUCUUCACUGAGGCCAUCACCAAAAUGCCCGCCUCUCCAUUAUGGUCCAUCCUCUUCUUUAUCAUGCUGUUCUGCUUAGGUUUAUCAUCUAUGUUUGGGAAUAUAGAGGGUGUUAUGGUGCCGCUGAACGAUCUCAAAAUCAUACCGAAAAAAUGGCCUAAGGAACUUGUUACAGGAUUGAUUUGUGUGACAUCUUUCUUGUUUGCCAUUAUUUUUGUGCUGAGAUCAGGAAACUAUUGGUUGGCUCUGUUUGAUAAUUUUGCUGGUUCCAUUCCUUUGCUGAUAAUUGCUUUCUGCGAGAUGUUUUCUGUUGUCUACAUAUAUGGGAUAGACAGAUUUAAUGAUGAUAUUAAGUUCAUGAUUGGACACAAACCCAAUAUCUUCUGGCAGGCCACCUGGAGAUUUAUCAGUCCUCUUAUCAUGUUGGUUAUCUUCUUUUUUUACUUCGUGGUGAAAGUGAGAGAAGAAUUACUAUACAAUGUCUGGGAUCCCAACUAUGACCUGUUUCCCAAAUCAAAGCCGGUAGGAUAUCCUGACUGGGUUUAUGCUAUCAUCGUAGUCCUUGCAGGAAUGCCAAGCCUGUUUAUCCCUGGGUUUGCUAUCUACAAAGGCAUCCAAAGUUUAUGCAAGAGGAGAAAUCCUGGACGACAGGAUCUGAUCAGUGCCAUAUCAGAAGCAUCAAUAAAUGGAGAACUGAAGAACAAAGUGUAAUUAGCUCACCUUCCUGAGGUGUUACAGAAAGACUUUACAGUGAGAGAUGGUGCAACACUGAUGUCUCCGUCUCCGUCUCCUGAGUUCAGGAUUAGAGCUGUUAAAAGGUUAGCGGGUCCCAGAAUCUAAACGAUACUAAUGCACUUUGAGUGACUCUCCUUAUCAGUUGUGCUGGAUUAGCAGGUGGUUAAUACAGAUGUCUCUUUUAUCCAAACAUGCACCUGUAAUGCUCUGUUUCCUAUCUUAUGCGUGCCACCAUGUUGGACAAAUAAUGUAUUAUUAAACAAAAUGCUACCUAUUUGAGUGAAAUAUGCACAGU